AUGGUUUUAAGAACAUUUUGUGUAGGAGUAUUUCUGAUUACGAGCUUUUACCUUUUUACCAUUAAAUUCCAAAGCUCUGCAGCGGCGCCCAGCAAAGAUGGCCGUGAAAGACACGUAUCCAGAUCUGUAAACGUAGAAAGGUACUCCAGGUAUCCACAAUACGCCAAAAUUAAACCAGAACCAUUCGUAAGUGAUUUUAUUGUUGACGAAGAUGACUUCUUGGAACUGCCGAAACGCCAACAAAGCUCAGACGACUAUGGACAUCUUCGAUUUGGAAGAAGAAACGGCGAAGAUAUAUCCGAUGACUACGGCCAUAUGAGAUUCGGCAGAGGUGGUACAGACGCAAAAUGA